AUCGAGAAAUGGAAUACAGUACCUGUAGUGUACUGUAUAGAAACAACUGAAAAGAUUCAAAUGUAAGUUGAACAGAUUGUACACUUUUGUAGAUAUAUGUAAGUAUUCCUCACAGAAAUUAACAUGUUACUAAAUGUGUAAUUUUCAUUUCAGGUGUGAAUUUCAUGGAUCAAGCAGUUAUCUUCAAGUGCUGUGAUGGAUUAUGGGAAUUAGAAAUCAAACAGAAGAUCGGUCUCCGUGAAUGGUUAUCUUUCUGCCUGACAAUAGAUCUUGAGAAAAAUCACUGGAAAUUAGCCAAGAAUGGUGAGAUCGUUGAAGGUUAUGCCGAUAUCACAACAAACGCACCUGUAAGGAUCCGUCCAGGAGGAAGUCUAUUUUUUGGUCAGGACCAGGACAGUGUGGGAGCCUUCUUCAGCGAGUUUCAAAGUUUGUCUGGUCUCUUGAUGGAUGUGAAGAUAUAUGAUAUGUUCUUCACUUCACAACAAAUAAUUAAAUUUACCAUGUGCGAGAACUUUAUCAAUGUGUAUCCACCUAUUGUGGAUUUCUCGAACAUCAAUGAAGAUUUUUCUGUUAGCAAUGUAGAUAUUGGUGUAAUAACAGGAGGUUACUGUAAUAAGGCGAGGGAUUUUGACCUCAUCUUCCCUGAGCUUCGUGUGUUUGAGGAUGGUGAGCUUCUCUGUCAUAUAGUGGGUGGAGAGCUUAAGGUGCCAGUAGACGAUAUGGACAACAUGCGACUCUUCAACAAGUCACUAGUGUAUGCUGAGCAUUGUGGCGAAGGGACGUCUGAGACACUCUGGCUGGGUGUCAAAGGAAAUGUGGCCACACAAAAAUGGUAUCAUUAUAGGAAUAACACACCCAUUAAUUACUCAAAAUUUGACAAAGAUAAUGGUUUGCCAAUUGUACACCCAGACACCUGUUUGGUGUUCACUGGCAGCAAAGAAACGACCCCAGAAUUGUACAGCACCUGGGUAUCUUAUGACUGUGAACAAGAAAUGUGUACAGUCUGUCACUUUCAGCAAGUAAGACUAUUAAAAAUGAGAGGACUCUGUCAACAGUCACAAUUUGAUCGCGACUACUUCGUCACCCAUGAUCAAAGCUCACUUAGUUUUACAGGUGUCUAUUACUCAGAGAUCACAAAACAUAAACCAAAUCUAACUGUGUCACUCUCAGAUUUUGGAUAUUGGAUACUUACUCGUCUGGAUAAACCUCACAUCACGGCAAUACUUCAUAUGGAGUCUCCUUCCCACUAUCCACUUGGCCUUAACAAUUGGGUAGUGGACAAUGAUGUAUGUGGGGAGAUGGAGAUCACGCUUCUGAUAACUUCAUGUGAGGAUCGCAAAUUCUCCUGCUUUGAAGGAACCUGUAUUGACUUGGAGCUGCGCUGUGACAUGGAGGCCGAUUGUCCGGAUGGUUCCGAUGAAAUCAACUGCGAUUUUCUCCAGCUGCCGAAGGAAUAUGACAAACUGAACCCUCCUUCACGCAUUGAACGUGGGGAGCCCAUCAAGGUGCACCUCCAUAUCACUAUGUUGUCGAUGCGACAUAUUGAUCUAUCCAACUUUAAAUUUACAUGUGAAAUAGAACUUCAGCUUCAUUGGAUUGAUAAACGCCUUGAAUUUCACCACUUGAAUUUGGCUGAGACUCUGAACAUAAUUGACGACAUGAGUAACAUGCCGUGGGUCCCGUUGUUUGAGAUACUGGGAGAUGGCGACACGACCAGCGACAUUGUCACACGACGUGAACAUCUCAGAGUACGACGAUUUUCUAAUCCUCUUUUAGACAACGAUGAAAAUUUAUAUGAAGAUGAGAUAUUCGAGGGGAAGCACAACCCGCUGGUGCUCGUCAAGAAGCUCACAGUCACCACCUCCUGCGACUUCGACUUGGAGGCUUUCCCCUUUGAUACCCAGACGUGCAGGAUGGGUCAAGGAAUAGUGCUGUGUCUGCAAUCAGUUCAUGACAUCAGUAUCAAAGAUGUUCUUCAGUAUGAAUUAUCACCAGUGCCACCUUCCUUAUUUGAAGACAAUGGUGAUAUGCGGACAGCGAAGAGUAAGGCCACCUUGAAGAAAAGGUACUACCCAAAGAGUAUCGAAGAUGCAAUGAGGAUGUCAAGAGCAGGAAAAAAAUGCAAGCUGGCACCAUCAGCUGAUCCUAAACACACAACUACCCCCUCAGAAAGUUGUGCUGACAGUUAG